AUGCCACAGAAACCGUCUUAUGAUUUGAACGAUAGAAUUCUUUGCAACUACAAAGGUAUUUAUUAUGAAGGAAAAAUUAUAAGCGUCGCUGUCCAAGAUGGCGAACGAAUUUUCACAGUACAUUAUCAGGGUUGGCACAAAAGACAUGAUGUUGCCAUCAGGGAAAGCAUGACUGACCAGUUGUUCCUUCCUUACACAGAGGAAAAUGUCGCGAGAGCCAAGGAUACUGUAUCCGGUGAAAGCGUUGCUUCUACCAGUCCUGUUGUGGCUCCUCGUCGUGUAGUCAAGGCUCCCAAACUUACCGCUUCAAGUUUAUCAGAAGAAGCUAAAUCUGUUGAUUAUCACUAUGCAAACCUGCCAAAGUCUCUUCGUGAAAUACUCAAGAAAGAUCAGGAUGCUGUUUUGCAGCGAAGGCUCUUGGCUAAACUACCUGCUGCGUAUCCUAUUGACGUGAUCCUUCAUGAGUUUCUCUCUACUUUUGACAUGGAGCUGGAGUGGGCUGGAGACAAGUUGACAGUUUCCCAUGGUGACGAAAUCAGCUCUAGUCGUGUGACUGCACUUAUACGGUCCUGCCAAAUGAUUACUGAUUACUUCAACAUGAUUCUAGGGUGAGU